AAGAAAGGAAAAAAAAUAAAAAUAAAUAGAGAAAUUGAAGGGAGAAAAUAAGAGCAAUGUUAGGUUCCUCCAUAAACCUCAUACUCCCGCCGCCGAUUUCACCUUCGCCGUUUCUCUCUCUCAGUCGUCUCUCUCUCCCCUCCCUCCCCGCCGCCGAAUUGUUGAAGGCGUCAUCUAGGAAGCUCAUCUCUGCAACUAAGGCGCGCUCGGUAUCAACCAUGGCAGCUGGAGGAGAGAAUGUGGCGAGUUUGAAGCGGCAGUUAGGGCAGCUGUUUGAAGUUUCGAUUAGGGCAGUGGUGCCUGAUGAGCUGAAUGUGGAGCCGGCGGUUGUUCCUUCGACUGGGAAAUUCGGAGACUAUCAAUGUAACAAUGCCAUGGACAUAUGGUCUAAGAUUAAGGGAAAGGGAACUGAAUUCAAGAAUCCUAAUUCUGUUGGACAGGCCAUCAUGGGAAAUCUUCCUAAAUCAGAAAUAAUAGAGUCAUGCACGGUAGCAGGGCCUGGGUUUGUUAAUAUUGUGUUGUCAAAGAAUUGGAUGGCUAAGAGCUUACAAAAGAUGCUUAUUGAUGGGAUCGAAACAUGGGCACCACAGCUCCAGGUCAGACGGGCUGUUGUAGACUUUUCCUCACCUAAUAUUGCCAAGGAGAUGCAUGUUGGCCAUUUGCGAUCUACAAUUAUCGGGGACACCCUAGCCCGGAUGCUUGAGUUUUCCAAAGUUGAAGUUCUUCGGCGUAAUCAUGUUGGUGACUGGGGAACACAGUUUGGCAUGUUGAUUCAAUACCUUUUCGAAAAGUUUCCAAACGUGGAUGAUGUAAAUGAAAUGGAAAUCGGUGAUCUUCAGGAAUUCUAUAAGCAAUCAAAAAAGAGAUUUGAUGAGGAUCCGGCCUUCAAGGAGAGAGCACAAGCUGCAGUGGUAUCCCUUCAGGGUGGGACUCCCAAGUACCGUGAGGCAUGGCUUCAAAUCUGUGAAGUCAGCCGUAGAGAGUUUCAAAUGGUCUAUGAACGGCUUGGAACUCAUUUAGAGGAAAAGGGAGAAAGCUUUUAUAACCCAUAUAUUCCUGCGGUUUUAGAGAAGUUGACUGACCAAGGAUUGAUUGUGGAAAGCGAGGGUGCUCGUGUAAUCCAUCUUGAGGGUUUUAACAUCCCCCUUAUUGUUGUGAAGAGCAAUGGCAGUUAUAAUUAUGCUUCCACUGAUUUGGCAGCUCUUUGGUAUCGACUUAAUGAGGAGAAAGCUGAAUGGAUCAUAUAUGUUACUGAUGUUGGCCAGCAGCAACACUUUAAUAUGUUUUUCAAGGCAGCUACACUCGCAGGUUGGCUUCCAGUUGAUGGCUCGUACCCUAAAGUUAGCCAUGUUGGUUUUGGUCUUGUUCUUGGAGAAGAUGGCAAACGAUUCCGGACUCGCUCUUCUGAUGUGGUUCGAUUGGUUGAUUUACUUGAUGAAGCCAAGAGCCGAAGCAAAACCAGUCUUGUCGAGCGUGGUAAGAGUGAAGACUGGACUGAAGAGGAGCUUGAGCAAACUGCAGUGGCCGUUGGUUAUGGCGCUGUGAAGUAUGCUGAUCUGAAGAACAACAGAUUGACCAAUUACACUUUUGAUUUCAAUCAAAUGCUAAAUGAUAAGGGAAACACUGCUGUUUACUUGCUAUACAUGCAUGCUCGGAUCUGUUCAAUCAUAAGGAAAUCUGGCAAAGACAUUGACGAAUUGAAAAAAACGGGGGAAAUUGUGUUGGGUCAUGCGGGUGAGCGUGAAUUGGCGCUUCACUUAUUAAAGUUUUCUGAGACUGUGGAGGAGGCUUGCACGAAUCUGUUGCCGAGUGUUUUAUGUGAAUACCUCUAUAAUCUAUCAGAAAUCUACAGCGGAAAGUUCUAUUCCAAUUGCCAGGUUAUUGGGUCGGCAGAGGAAACGAGUAGACUCUUGCUUUGUGAAGCAACAGGCGUAGUCAUGAGGAAAUGCUUUCAUCUUCUCGGAAUUGAAGCCGUGUACAAGAUGUGAUGUGCUCACCCAGUCUGACAGUUAAAUCACCAAAGAUAUGAUGGUGUAUGAUAUAAUUCUACAACCUACUUAAACAUAGGGAUUUUGAACUAUUUUACCCAUUUUGCACUGUAAAAACCAUAUCCCGAUAUCAAUGAAUGACUAUUUUGAUGGAA